AGGAGAGCACCCAUCAGCCCGAGGCAGGCGCGUCGUCGUCCUCCUCAGAGCCCGGGCGGCCACACCCGCAGCGGUUCUCGACCUUCAUCGUUCGCACGGAGGAGACGUACCAGAACGGGCAGCACGGGGGCUCCUCCGCGAACGGCGCCCCGGGGGCUAAGCGCAAGCGGUCGGACGAGGGCGAGCUCGAGUACGGGGGCGCGUACUCGAAGUUCAGGCUGCAGCCGCCGGUGCCGACGGCUGCGAGCAUGGGCGUGCACGUGGCGCACCAUGUUGACCGCGUUGCUGUCGCAGUUGUGGACGCCCAGGGCCCGCAGCUCGUGGAGGUCACGCAGCCUGCGGAGGUUACGCAGUCUAUCGCCAGUCCGCCUUCCGACAAGAUCUCUUCGUGCAGCAACAAGAACUGCAAACGGCUGCUGUCCGCGGGAUGCUCGGGUUCGCUGUGCGACCGCUGCAAGGAGCGGCUGAAGAAGAAGCAGGCGAAGGCGAAGCACCGCUUCAAGCUUGAGCCCAAGUCUCUGCUCGGACGGUCUGCGAGUGCGCAGCCGAGCGGCUCGGGGAGCGCGACGCCAGUGGUUGCAGCUGUGGUCGCGUGAACACUGGCAAGGACGAUGGGGAUGGGGAGGGGUAGUUUAUGAUGCUUAAUCGACGGUAACUUAUUGAACGCAUCGAUUGUUGCACAGUAGAUCGUUAUACCAAUACUGCG